GGCAAUGUCGAACCAAGAUCGCAUCGACGUGUAAGUGGACCCAAACUCCCUGAUGGGAUUGCGGAAGGAGAUGAUCCAAAGAGGCUAGUCAGGGUCCGAGCUACUUGCGGACACGAUCACCUCCGCGAAUCCUCAACCUCCAACGUCAACCCUCACCUGCAGUCGCUCUUUCACCCAAUUCCGCAGACACAACAGCCGAACCAAAUAUGGCGAACACCAACAAGUACUCGGUCCUCCUUCCCACCUACAACGAGCGUCGCAACCUGCCCAUAAUAACAUGGCUCCUGGCUAAGACGUUUGAGGAGAACAAACUCGACUGGGAACUCAUCAUCGUCGACGACGGCUCCCCCGACGGUACCCAAGAAAUCGCCGCCCAGCUCCAAAAGGUCUACACCCCCCAACGCAUCCAAAUCCGCGCCCGCGCUGGUAAACUCGGACUCGGAACCGCCUACGUCCACGGCCUGCAAUACGCAACCGGCAACUUCGUCAUCAUCAUGGACGCCGACUUCUCGCACCACCCCAAGUUCAUUGCGCCCAUGAUUGCGCUGCAGAAGACUAAGAACUACGACAUCGUCACUGGUACACGGUAUGCGGGGGAUGGUGGUGUAUUUGGCUGGGAUCUCAAGCGCAAGUUUGUGUCUAGGGGCGCCAACCUGUUUGCGGACACCGUGCUCAGGCCAGGCGUGAGUGACUUGACGGGUUCGUUCAGGUUGUACAAGAAGGAGGUGCUCCAGAAGGUUAUUCGUAGCACCGAGAGCAAGGGAUAUACUUUCCAGAUGGAGAUGAUGGUUAGGGCAAAGGCGAUGGGAUGCACGGUUGCCGAGGUGCCCAUCUCGUUUGUGGACCGUCUUUAUGGCGAGAGCAAGCUGGGUGGUGAUGAGAUUGUGGAGUAUGCCAAGGGUGUGUUGGCACUGUGGAUGAAGGUCUAAGAGAGUGGAAGAAGGGCUUGCAUGGCGUUGGCGUCCGGUAGGGAUGGAUGGCCUUGACGAUAUCCUGGACUGGAAAAGAGUGGUAUACUUGAUCUUUCUCUUUUGUCUGAAUAGUAUGUUUAACUCAUAAUCUUCUCGUCACGAUCCUUCUCUCAACUCUAGUUUCCCUGCAAAGAUGAUCAUCGUAGGUUCUUCUACAUUCAGUCAAUCGCGAACACCUACCGAUACGUCCCAAGGUUUCCCUUUCGACGACACUGCAAGAUGCAACUUUGCUGCCGGUGUCACGGUCGAUGUUUCUAUAUUUGCACAGAUUCCUGUAACGCUCAUAGGGGGUCGAUCUCUAUCGUAUCAUGCUUUGCGCCUUAGGAGGCUCAGAAAGUAUUCAGAUGUUCUCAGGCGACAAUUCUGUAG